UCUUGAAGCAGGAGUUUAGAGUAUGCCUGGGCUGAUGCAGAAAUGUUCAGUAUUUAUUUGGCUGGAUCCAGCCAGUAAGCCAUAAGUUGCUGAUUGACUAUGAGCUCCCAUAGGAUUGAACGACUACAUUUAAUUCAAAAUUUCAAAUGGUUUAGCACCAAUAUUUGCAAAUAAAAGUCAAUAUGCAUCUAUGAUAGAAACUUUUAAAUAGAGGGAAAUGUUACCCAAAGCUCUAUGAACUAGGAUGGGCUCAUUGGCUCAUGCCUGUAAUACUAGCACUUUGGGAGGCUUGAGCCCAGGAGUUUGAGACUAGCCCGGGCAACAUAGGGAGACCUAGUACCUACAGAAAAAUUUAGAAAGAAGCCAGGUGUGAUGGCUCAUGCCUGUAGUCCCAGAUACUUGGGAGGCUGAAGUGGGAGGAUCGAUUGAGCCCAAGAAUUCAAGGCUGCCAUGAGAAUCGACUUAUGGUAUGGUGUAGUAUAUGCCAUAUUGCCCUCAAAUAGUAGGGACCUUAAAAGAUACCAUCUUCCACUUUGUUAUUAUUACUUGGAGAUGGAGUCUCACUCUGUUACCCAAGUUGAAAUGUAGUGGCACAAUUCUGGUUCACUACAACCUCCACUUCCUGGGUUCAAGCGAUUCUCCUGCCUCAGCCUCCUGAGUAGCUGGGAUUACAGGCACCCACCACGAUGUUUGGCUGAUUUUUGUAUUUUUAGUAGAGAUGGGGUUUCUCCAUGUUGGCCAGGCUGGUCUUGAACUCCUGACCUCAGGUGAUCCACCCGCUUUGGCCUCCCAAAGUGCUGGAAUUAAAGGUGUGAGCCACCGUGCCCAGUCCCCCCUUCCACUUUGAAAGUAUUUGAGUGGAUUUUCCUUUUUCAUACUGUAUUUUUUUGAGACAAUAAAAGUAUAUGCAUUAACACACAUACCCAGUUAAUGUAAACUAUGUACAUUAAGUAGCUUAAGAAACAUGAGUUUAGAUAUAGUUGAAACAUUUCUAGCUUGGAGGAGAAUUUGAUCUUUCAAAUAGUAAUACUUUCCAAAAAUAGAACAUCUGGGACUUUUUGUUAGUAAGAAUUAAGUGACUACAGUAAAAACGUUUGAAACAAAAUGGUGUUACACUGUAUGGAUAUUUCUGAUUAUUGACUAUUGGCAACUUUUUAAUGUAUACAUUUUUAAAAGCAACAACUAGAUCUUCUCCUGCCCUGUCUUUCAUGUAUAUGUGGGGGAUACUGAUGGGAGAUCAUGACAACAUGGUAAAAACUAUCAUAUUAAUAGGAAGAAGGAAGGCUUAUCUGAAUUCGUUGCUUUUUUUUUAAAGUGUUAAAAUUUUUAGUAUUCUGUGGUUUUUAAAAAAACGCUACUGUUACUUUCAACUCUUCUGUGAUUGGGAUUUGGUUACUGACCUUAUUUUUAAGGAAGAGAAUUGUCUUAACAUAGUUCAGGCUGUUUCAGUAUUUGACUUAUUGUACUCUUCCCAAAUAAAUGGAUACUUCUAAAGUGUUUUAAAGAUGGUUUAUUUUCUAGAGGGCCCAAAAAGUUCAUCGUUACCUCUCUGAUACAACUGCAGAUAAAUUCUAAUUUGUGUCUGUAGUAGUGUUUACUUUCCAAAUUCUAACUGAUUUAAAUAAUUUGUCAAACACUUGUUGAAUUCCGUAAUUUGUCCCCAUUCUGUGCUAAGCAGCCAGAAGUAUGAGGAGAAAUGAGUCCUCCCUUCCCUGGAGAAGCUUACUUUCUUAGGAGGGGAUACUCCACAAGCAAUUGGUAUCCUGUAACAAGUGGUGAAUUAGAUGGAUGAGUGUACCAAAAGGGAAAUGUUGUGUGGUAUGACUGGUGGCAAAGGGAUCCCAGAAGGUAGAUGGGGUUAGGCUUGUUGGGAUAUGAAGGAAGAACAAGGUAUUCCAGGCAGAGCAGCAUGAGUGAGGCAGGAAAGUGCCAUGAUGCCUGUCAAAUAACUUACAGGAUAAAAUUAAUAACAUUUUGAAAUGAAUGGAGAGUGUUCUCUGAGGUUCUCAUUUGAAUAAUGUAAUGGCAGUCAUUCUCAUUUGAAUAAUAUGGCAGUCAUUUAAAUAUUAAAUGAAAGUUAAAUUCCUAAAUUUGUUCUUAUCAUCUGUUAUUUGGAAUAUUAAAGUGAUACUUUUUCUCCUCCACAUUAAAAAACAGGCCUUCUCACUUGUGGGUGAUGGAGCAGCCCUGGCAGACAGUCUCUGACUGUGAACCACUUGUUUCUCACACUGUCUCCUGAACGAAUAUAUUUAGUAAUAGUAACUUAGUAAUUGUAGUGUUAGACUUUCAUUUACUGCAGUAAAAUGUUCUUCUGCAAAUAUGAUUUGCAGGCAUUACAUUUUACUGUAGUAAAUGAAUAAUAGAAAUAGAAGAAUCUCAGCUGCUUUUCGUUGCUUAAGAAAAAACACUGUAUUCUUAUUGUAAACUUUUCCCCUUAAUUUAUACAGGGAAUUUGUAACAGAUGCUUGCCAGAUUUGAUUAUAGGUGCCACAAGAGCAGCAUUUUAUAACCCAUUCCUCAAACAUCUUCUGUGGGAGAGCCUCCACUGGGUUUCCCAUAGAGCUGCACAUGAUACCACACUCAGGCAGUUCAUGGAGUGUAAGAAAUAUCUUAAUGCUUUAUCAUUUGCCAUUUUAACCAAGGAAAAAAACCACACUUUUAUAGGUUUAACUUACUGUGACAUUUUCUUCUAUUUCCCUUCCCCUUCAGGUAUCUCCAGGGCAGCUUACUAAAAAGUAUAGCUCAUGCUCAACAAUAUUUCUAGAUGACAGCACAGUCAGCCAGCCUAAUCUUAGAACCACAGUAAAAUGGUUGCAUGGUGGAAGGAGGGAAAGCCAGUUAUGUGACCUUAGCAAUAUAUUACCACAUAAAGAACAGAGAUGCAAAUAGAUCCCUGGAUAUUUUUGAUGAGAGAUCACAUCCACUUACACGAGAAAAAGUUCCAGAGGAAUACUUUAAGCAUGAUCCUGAGCACAAAUUUAUUUACAGAUUUGUUCGUACUCUUUUUAGUGCUGCACAGCUAACAGCUGAAUGUGCAAUAGUAACUUUGGUUUAUUUAGAAAGGCUCUUAACUUAUGCUGAAAUCGACAUCUGUCCCACUAAUUGGAAAAGGAUUGUUCUGGGAGCCAUUCUUCUUGCCUCCAAGGUUUGGGAUGAUCAGGCUGUGUGGAACGUGGACUAUUGCCAGAUCCUCAAGGACAUUACAGUUGAGGACAUGAAUGAAAUGGAAAGGCAUUUUUUGGAGCUUCUUCAGUUUAAUAUUAAUGUUCCUGCCAGUGUUUAUGCCAAAUACUACUUUGACCUUCGCUCCUUAGCAGAUGACAACAACCUGAAUUUUCUAUUUGCUCCUCUUAGCAAAGAAAGAGCACAGAACCUAGAGGCUAUUUCUAGAUUGUGUGAAGACAAAGACUUGUGUAGAGCCGCUAUGAGAAGGUCUUUCAGCGCUGAUAACUUCAUUGGUAUUCAGCGCUCUAAAGCCAUCCUCUCUUAAAGGGAGAAAUGAGGGGUUAUAACAUCACAGGACCUUCAUCUACAAAGACUGAAGAAUAACACCUUUCCUGCUCAAGAACCAGCAAAAUUAGUGUUUUCAUCAUUGAAUUCAGGAGACACAUGGACAACAAGGAUUAUACUCCAUAGGAAAGAAUGGGACCUUGUCAAUGCAACAAAACACUCUUUUGUCCUUUUUAAUGUAAACAGAGUUACAAAAACCACUCCAAAGUGAAGGCUCCCAUCCCACACACAGAUAUUUGCUUACUGUGUGGGCCAAUAGCUGUGAACUAUGUAAGGUUUUUUUUAAACAAUAGUUUAAAUUUUUAGACUUUAAAGACACUAACCAUAUAAUUUUUAUGUUUCUUCCAGUUUUUCUCCCUCUCCUCCCUUUUACUGCAUAUGCCUUUAAAAUCAAUGCAGUAUUACCAUUGAAACAUGGGACUCUAAAGCCACUAAGGAGCGGACUGCAGCAUUGUUAGGUAUUGAAGUGUUCUUCCUCCCUACUGUUACCACUGAAGCUGCUAGUCAUUGGCAAUCAUUUUAAACCAAAAAGCUGCUGGAUAACAUUUGUCAUUCAUAUUCUUUGCAAACAUUACUUUAACAUUUUAGCAUGUUUGGGGUCAUAAACAGGAAGUAUCAGUUACUGAUAUCUACUUCUCUUGGGGUCCAUGUUGCAUUUCUUGUGAACUAUAAAUGGUGCUUCUCAUUUUUCGAUAAUUUUUCUCUUGUUAAAUAAAUGUAUUAAAAGAUAUUUUCAUAAUGCCAACCAACAUGGUGGUUCAGUGACAAUGAAAAAAAUGUAAAGCAGUUUUAAGCUUUAAUAUAGUUUGGGCCCUCCAAGGCACUGCAGCAUGAGUAUAAAUGCUAUAAACCUUUAAAAGACAUCGUUUGAAAGUGUUUUAAAGUUUUUAAGAGAUGGGGGUCUUACUGUGUCGCCAGGCUGGAGUGAAUGCCUGUUCACAGGUGCAAUCAUAAUGCACUGCAGCCUAGAACUUCCUGACCUCAAGCUACCUUCUAGCCUCAGCCACAUGAGUAGCUGGGACUAUAGGCAUACCCGGCACUUGUCUCCUGAAUAUUAAGCUUUUAAUUUUUUGAUUCAGUCACUCUUGAAUAUAGCAGAUACUGACUGAAAGAAAAAAUUAAAAGCUUUAUAUUCAAAAUUUGCAAAAUGAAGCUGGGUGUGGUGCAUGCCUAUAGUCCCAGCUUCUUGGAAGGCUGGGGUUAAAGGAUUGCUUGAAGUCAAGUAUUGAAGGCUGCAGUGUACCAUGAUGGUGACUAUAGGAAUAGCUACUACACUCCAACCUGGACGUCAUAGCAAGACGCCAUGUCUUAAAAAAAAAAAAAUGCAAAAGAAAUGGGUUGGGCAUAGUGAUUCAUGCCUAUGAUCUCAGUACAUGGGAGGCUGAGGUGGGAGGAUUGCUUGAGCAAGAGAAUUCAAGACUAGUCUAGGCAACAUAGUCAAACCCUCUCUGUAAAACAAAUAAUAAAAAUAAUUAGCUGGAUAUGGUGGCAUGUGUCUAUAGUCCCAGCUACUCUGGAGGCUGAGGUGAGAGGAUCACUUGAGCACAGGAGGUCAAGAUUGCAUGGGCCAUGAUCAUGCCCCUGCCCUCCAGCCUGGGUGACAUCCAGACCCUGUCUCAAAAGAAAAAAAAAGGAAACCAAACAAGGUUUUGUAAAGGUUUGUAGCGUUUAUACUUUUACAAGUAUCAAAGCUUAGAAUUACACUAAACUUUUGGAAUACCUUUUAUCUCCAUAAAAUCCCUCCUCUUUUUAAAAGAAGUUACUUGCAGGACUGCGCUCUAUAUGCUUUGAUCCCUGAAGUUUCUUUAAUGUAAAGGAAGAUUUUGAAGAGCAGUGUUAAUUAACAUGUAAUAAAAGGAAUUGGACCCUAAUGAUAGAAGGUGAUAUGAACAGCUGUUUUAUCAUCCUACAUGUUACCAGGCUGUAGGUGUUCCAUUAAGUCCUGCUAUUUAAGAAAUAACUUACAUAGCCCUUAGGAACUCUUACUUCAGGCUUUAAAAGGCAAUGAUCAAAUAACUUUAGGAGACUGAUAACAAUGUCACCUAAAUUUGAAAUACUAAAAAGAGAUUAGUGUUCUCAACGAUGUGAAAUGUAUUUCUUCUACUUUCUCAAAUAUAAUCCUAGGAAUCUUGCUUAUAAACAAAGCAUUUCUGGGCCACAAAUACUUCCUCUAAUAUAGCAGUGCUUGGCAUCAUAUUGUGCUGCAGUUUCCAUCAUUUUUAAAGGACAGACACACAAAUGAUAAUGGUAUAAAAAUACUACAAUCUACCACCUCAAAAAAAAUUGUUUGUGGAGUUCAGAGCUUGGAGAUUCAAGUAUUGAUUGCAGUUUUAUUUUGAAAAGAAUGCUACAAUUUAUGUGGUUUUUAUUUCUCAUGUUUAUAUUAAAAGAAAAGCUAAUAAACUCUAUUUUAAUUAAAA